GCGCUACGAGAGAUUGUAAGGAAGGUUGACGUAAUAUCAUUGCUCUCCCCCACUCCACAUCUCAAAGAUCGUACGAACAUAACAAAGUCCUCGGUUAGUUGCUCCGAUCGGACAGUCUGAAUCCUUCGUCGUCAGAGAAUAAAAGACAUGAAGGUGUUCAUUUUCGCGGCUUUGGCCGUGCUCAUUUUCGAGGCGUCACUUGCCGUCGAUACUCACGAACAUAACAAGGUCGUGUGUUAUUGGAAUGUUACAUCGUUUGAAAGACAAGGUCCUGGAAAAUUCCAACUCGAGGAUGUUAGGCCUGCGUUAUCGCUCUGUACGCAUUUAAUAUACGGUUUUGCUGGUAUUAAUCCCGAUACAUUCGAAAUUGUUUCAUUGAAUCCAAAUCUGGACACUGGUGCUGGCUACGCAUAUUACAGACUGAGCACACAGUUGAAGAAAUCUUUUCCAGAUCUUAAAGUUUAUCUUGGAAUCGGUGGAAAUGCCGAUCCUUACGAGGAGACACACAAAUAUCUUACAUUGACCGAAACCUCAGAGGCAAGAUCAAAGUUCAUCAACUCUGUGAACCGUAUAUUGAACGAUCAUGACUUCGACGGUAUCGAUCUAGCUUGGCAAUUUCCACCAGUGAAAGUAAAGAAAAAUCGUGGUACUUGGGGUUCGCUUUGGCAUGGAAUCAAGAAGACAUUCGGUUAUGGAAAAUUCAAGGACGAUAAGGAACAGGAACAUCGCGAUGGUUUUACCAUUUUGGUUCGUGAUUUGAAGACACAGUUGAGACCAAAAGGAAAAGCUCUUACGUUAACCGUCCUUCCGCAUAUUAAUGCUAGUGUUUAUUACGAGGCACGAUUGUUAUCACCGAAUCUCGAUGCUAUACAUCUGAUGACGUUCGAUCAAAAAACACCAGAACGUAAUCCGAAGGAAGCCGAUUAUCCUGCUCCAGUGUACGAGAGUUAUGGACGUGAACCACAGGAUAAUAUCGAUUCGUCGGUUAGGUAUUGGCUCGUGAAUGGUACACCAGGUUCUAAGAUAGUCGUAGGUAUACCAACCUAUGCAAGAACAUGGAAGCUGACUUCUGAAAGUCAAAUUUCUGGUGUACCACCGAUCGUAGCGGAAGGUCCAGGUGAGCCAGGACCACAUUCCGGUAUUCCAGGAUUAUUGUCUUACGCCGAAGUUUGCACGAAAUUGACCGAGACCAAUUUGGGACGUUUAAGAAGGGUAAACGAUCCUUCGAAAAAAUAUGGUAGCUAUGCCUACGAACCGUACAACGGCGAUACCGGAGCAGAAGGUCUUUGGGUUGGUUUUGAGGACACCGAUACGGCUGGUAACAAAGCUAGUUACGUGAAGGCUAAAGGACUCGGUGGUGUUGCGAUAUUUGAUCUUUCGUUGGAUGAUUUCCGUGGUGUUUGCAACGGUGAUAAAUAUCCGAUCAUUCGUGGUGCCAAAUACAAGCUCUAGAUCUAUCAACGUUCGAGAGAGAUUGGAGACUGUUUUAUUAUUGGAGCUUAAGCGAACGAUCCUUAUCGAGAUAUUUUAAUUAAUUGUUUUAGUAUUCUUUUUGUCACUACUUUUCGAUAAUCAAAAGUUUUAUGAUAAUGUCCUAUUAUCCAUAUCCGUAGGUACGCUUUUGUAUUUCUUCUCCUAUCCUCCGAUUCAUUUCUUUAUUCAAUCUCUUGAUAGAUCAAUUUUCCUGAGAUCGUUUUAGUUCCUUCGUUCGAUGUGUUUUAAUUCAACAAGACAGAAAAAAGGAAGAUAAAUAAAUAUGUUGAUCGUA